AAAGAAAAGAGAGACUGGCAUUUUUAAAUUUUUUUAUCCUUUUUAUUCUCUUUAUCCCAUGUCAAAGAGCGAAAGGAAUAGGACACAGAGCUUAGAGUAUGUAAUCAAGUCUGGUAUAGCUGGUGGUAUUGCCGGCUGCAUGGCAAAAACAAGCGUAGCGCCUUUAGAUAGGAUAAAGAUUCUUUUUCAGUCUAGAAAUCCAGCUUUUGAGAAAUAUGCAGGUACAUUUACAGGUGCUUUCAAGGCAGGUAGAGACAUUUACAAGAAUGGCGGUCUCUUGGGUCUGUUUCAGGGUCAUUCGGUCACUUUAUUGCGUAUUUUUCCUUAUGCAGCUAUUAAAUUUGUUGCUUAUGAACAAUACCGAGCAUUACUGAUGCCUACAAGGGCACAAGAAACACCUACAAAGCAGUUUAUAGCUGGCUCGUUAGCUGGUGUUACAUCUGUGUUUUUCACUUAUCCAUUGGAUCUUGUGCGUGUCAGACUAGCUUAUCAUGUAAAAGAAGUUGGGAGCAGUCGACCUACACUCACAACAACCAUUCAACAUAUCAUUAAAGAGCCUGCAGCCCUUCAUUUUCCCCCUCUCAAUUUUUAUCGAGGCUUCUUUCCUACAGUAGCAGGCAUGAUACCCUAUGCAGGUGUUUCCUUUUGGACAUAUCAUAUUAUUACACAACUAUUUCGAUUCAACCCUAUAAUUUCACCUUAUACAAAAACACCUUUAUCUUUUCCGGCCGAUUCUCCAGUGACAUCCAGUCAACAACGAUUAUUAGAGAAGCCACCCUUGAAGACAUGGGCAGAACUACUGUGUGGUGGAUUAGCAGGUCUAGUAGCACAAACAAGUAGUUACCCGCUCGAGGUCAUAAGAAGACGAAUGCAAGUAGGCGGUUUGUUGAACCCACACAAGUUUGUAGGAUUUAUGGAUACAACAAAAGAGAUAUAUCGUGUAAAAGGUCUAAAAGGAUACUACGUUGGGUUGAGUAUAGGCUAUAUUAAAGUGGUACCUAUGGUGGCCAUCAGUUUCGCUGUAUAUGAACGAAUGAAGCAACUUUUAGAUAUUUAGAUAUACAAUAAAUGUCUUUAUUUGGUUUUAGUUUUUCUAUGUUAAUAGUCAAUCAAAUGUGUUUAAA